GAAUCAAAUGUAACCCAAGUGCGAUUUUUUGAGAUCAAAAUCUGGGACUGUGUUGGAUCUAUAGAUUAUCUGGUCUCUAAAACGCUUGUUUUGUGAUGUCUGAAUACAUUUCGGGCAGCGAAGGCAAUGAUGGCGAUGCUGAUUUUGCCGUCAACACACAGAAUGAUUCGAAUAAUCCAGAGAGCACCGCAGAAUUUGAACUACCAAAAUAUGACAUCCCAGAUUACAGUAUGGAUGAUCAUCUAACUACAAUGGACAUUUCGAAUGAAAUUUGCGCAGAUUACUGGCGUGGCCGAUCAAUGCUUUUCGAAAUCGCCCGAAAAGAACGGCGGUGGACCUCGUUUGUAUUCAGAAAUAAAGAUACAAGAAUGAAGCUUGCUGGGCCCGCAUUGGAAUUAGAUCGUGCUUUCUACACUAUGAUAUAUGAUUACCGCAUUCACAGGGCUGUCGGUAUUAAUAUUAGCUCAUAGUCUUCUUAUGGACGCUACAAAUCAUCAAAUUUCAAGGGAGAACUCCUUGAAAAGUUGCAGGAGUUGAUUUUAAAUGAUCUGGAGAUUAAAACAUUUCCAGAUAAGUUACCUACAUCCCAAGAAAUUUUGAGCUUCCGGUUCUAAUACAGUCUCUUGACUACAGCUAGCGCAACUGCGACCCUCUUGGGACUGAACAAGCGGCUUCGUGACGACUUCAUACAACCUCUCAAGCAAUGCAUGGUGAACAAGCAGGAAGUAGACUAUAAAGAUCUCCUGGAAAAAGUUACAGAAAUCCACGAGGAAGUUGUGGACUGUUACCGCUAUCUGAACCAUCAGUUUUCGCAACGCGAGGAAAAGAUUAUGGAGAAGGCAAUGAUAGGUUUUCCGGAAGAAAAUCAGAGUCGAAUAAUGCCUGCACGAGGAGGAUAUCAGAGUCGUAAAGUACUUGGACGAGGAGAAUAUCAGAGUCAUAAAGUACCUGUACGAGAAGAACAUCAGAGAGAAAAAUUACGACAAGGAGGUUUUGGAGACGAUAAGAUCAGAGACGAGAAGAAGAUUGGAGACGAGGAGUACCUGGACGUACAUAAUGGGCUGAAGACAUGAUAUGGGAAUAAGGAGCAACACUACAUGGCUCUGAUUCCGAUCUGCAAUCAAACUACUACCUGCUCUCGUCUUUUGAUCUUCUUAUUUCUUAGGCUGUCGUUCUUUAUGAUUGGGAGAAUAUGAGUAUUAAUAUA